UGAAAAAAAAAAAAAAAAUCAAACCCCAAACCAACAAACCAACCACCACACACACAGAUUUCUGAAGCGAGACAGAGAGGAGGAGGAUGAGCCAGACUCCGGGAGGAACUGGUGACACCGCUCCACUAACACCAACUUGGGGACCCGAGGUGCGAGGAGGGAGCCAAGAUGUCCGUGCGAUCCCCUCUGUGACCCCAGCCCCGGUGUUCAUCCAAGGCUGGUUUGGUGCUUGAGCAGGGGCCCACACCCCAGCUGUCCUCCAGGGAGCUGUGUUGAGCACCUCGUGCCACCUGGUCAAACCUUGAGGGUUCUCAUCUCCAUCCUUGGUCCUUUCCAGCCCACCUCUAUGCCUUUGGACCCCCAGGGAGGAUGUCUGUGCCCCAAAUCCAAAUAGAAGAGGCUCUGGACAGCACGGAUGCUGGCUCUGGGGGGGUUCCUCCUCCAGAUGAUCACCUGAGGACCCUCAAGGCAUUGACAGAGAAGCUGAGACUGGAGACCAGGCGCCCUUCCUACUUGGAAUGGAAGGCAAAGCUGGAGGAGCAGGCUUGGAAGAGCCCCCAGCCUGAGGGAGACGGGGAAGACGAGGCCACCAAGGCCAAAAAGAGCCCGGGGGAGACUGUCCCCAUGAGGAAGGUGCAGCUGCACCUCAACGGGAGCCCUGCCCAGGACCAGGGGACUGUCACCUCAGGGAGGGUAGGCGGCUUUGAGAGCAUCGACGAAGCUCUGACGUGGCUCAGGAAGGAGCUGGCAGAAAUGCGCCUGCAGGACCAGCAGCUGGCCCGGCAGCUGAUGCGGCUGCGCAGCGACAUCAACAAGCUGAAGAUCGAGCAGACGUGCCACCUGCACCAGCGCAUGCUCAACGACGCCACCUACGAGCUGGAGGAGAGGGACGAGCUCGCCGACCUCUUCUGCGACUUCCCCCUCGUGAGCUCCUUCAGCCUCUCCACGCCCCUCAAGCUCAUCGGGGUCACCAAGAUGAACAUCAACUCCCGCCGGUUCUCGCUGUGCUGAACGAGGCGGGACGGAGAGGGAAGGAUGGGGGAGAAAGAGGGAAAGGGCUCCCUCUGCCUCGUGGCUGGGUGAGGAGAGGCCAACGAGGAGCAGAGGGAAGGGGAGAAAACAGGGAGCCUGCCGCUGGUGUUGGUGGCAGCGUAGAGGUGGGCACUGGAGCGGCCCGGGGAUGCUCGUGGGGAAGGCAGGACCUGCAUGGGAGGAGCCUGGGGAGCAUCCAGACCCAACACAUCACUCAGAUCCUUUGCCAAGUCCCUUCUCCUCCUCUGCCUCCCACAGGACGCAGCUCGGUGUGGGUGGUUGUGCUCAAAAAUCAAAGGAGGGGUCAAAAAUCAGCCACAAAGCGAAAUCCCUCUUCCCUUCCCCUUCCCCUCCUCCCAGGCUGGAGCAACAACCUCCAUGGAUGUCCCCUUGGGCACCAACCCUCAGCCUCUGCUGCUCCAAGUGAGGGAUCCAUGGGGCUGUUUCGGGUGGGAAGUUGAUUUCCAGUGGGAAAGAGGCCUCCCAGCAAGCAAAGGACUGUGGGUUAAAUGGUAUCAGCCCCAAGAAGUGAUGAGAAGAUGUGUUUGUUGGAUUGCUCCAUAGAGUCCAGGGCACUACAGCUUCAUUUUGCCUGUGAUAUAGAUUAUGGAUUCUCCAUGGGCACAGAGAUUCCAGCUGACCAGAAGUCUCCUGGAAGUCAUGCCCAGAGCAAUACACAUUUCUGAUCCUGUUGGAUCCCGUUGUCAGCCACAAGACACUCUGUUGUUCACCCUGCAGACAAGGAAGUGUUGUACCCAAAGCAUCUCCUGUCAGAGAGAUCCCCAGGCUGACACCCCCAGCAGCAGCACCAGCAAACCCUGGAUACUUUGAAGCAACACACAUCAGAGAGAGGAACUUCAAGAGGAGAAAGGGGACUUUUGGGUAAUGAACUCAAAGUGGGACUUAAAAUUAGAGGGAGAAAUUGCUAUGAUGAGCUUUGGACCUGCAGCAACACAGGGGGUUCCCUCCCUGCCCAGCAGAAUGUGAGAUGGAUGCUGUAUUUUCUUGCCUUUCAGUGCACACAGCUGCCUGUACCUGGCACGGGGGCAGAGGCCCAGCAAGGGACUCCAGGGGUCUCGCCAUGGCAAUUUGGGGACACCUAGCACCCAAGACAGUACAGAUCAAGCGUGGAUGCCUUCAGGCUCUCCCUCCUGUGCCCACACCGCUCCUGACCCUGUCAGAGUGGAACAAUCCUGCUCAUGGUGACCCUGCCCGUGGCAGGAGGGUUGGAACCAGACGAUUUUUACAGUCCUGUCCGACCCAAACCAUUCCACGAUCUCAGCCCAACUCUGCUCCUCACCACGUGCCCCAGCAGGAGCAGCUCUUGGCUGAGCAGGCCUGGCUGUGUCAGCCUGGCAAGGAGCAGGAGCAGCAAUCCCGCUGCUCUGGAACGUGUCGAUGUGCCUGUAGCUGUCUGUGAGCUCUGUGUGUGUGUGUGUCACUCGCUGUGUGUGUGCAUCGUGCCUCUCCCGGGAGGCUCCGGGCUGGGUUUGCCCCAAAACGUGACGGGAAACGGGAUCCGGCCAGACCCCGACGCCCCUGGGAAGAUGCAAGGGGGCUUCCAGGCCUGGGGCUCCACUGGGAGUGUGGGGUUGGUGCAGAGAGGACAAAUAAUUCAUGUGCCUCCACUGGUGUGCGGGGUUGGGACAAAUUAAGGGGUUCACAGACAUGUGGGGACUUGGAGCUGAGACUCCAUCCCCCACAGCCCCUGGGUGAUGCCUCCCCAUCAACUCCAAAGCUCCCUGAUCUUUUCCUUCUGCCAAGGAAGGAGGAAUUUUAGGCACCAGAGCUUUAUCUACACCGUCAGCACCAUGCCUGGGUGCUGAAUCUUGUGCUCCCCAGGUGAGGAAAGUUUAUUUUGGAUUGUGACCAGACCGUCACUUGGCCUCUGGACAAGACAACCAGCCACAGUGCCGUUCAGUUUACUAGGAGCAGCCUUAUUUCCCCAUGGACAUCUUGGAAAAAAAAAAGAAACUCAUUUCAUUAAAAUUCUUCUUUGUUUACUUUUUUCAUAAAAAUAAAUCAGUUUGUGUCUCACAUGUUGAUUUUCAGAGGCGUUUUCAAUCAGAAGAUAGAAAUGAUGGUUUUUCCAUGAAAAUAAUGCCUUGGAAAGGGGGAUUCCUUCUCUCUAGGGUCAGCUGGAGUCGAGUACAGAGUGGGCUCUUGUCUGGUAGCCAAAAGCAGGAGGUUAAUUCAAAUACAGUCUUAGUGAGUCAUUACACGUGGCAUCAGAAAAUCGGAUGUCUGGGCUCCAAACAUGUAUUUUCUGCAUUAAGGGGGACAACGGAUGGGUGUAACUGCCAGCUGUUUGUCAAAAUGCACAAUUUUUUUAAUUAUAAAACCUCUGUCUGUAUUGAUUUUUGCCUCUGGUCUCUCACUGUGUUGGGGAAGCUGCAGGAUGGUGUGCUCCAGGAUUACAGGUGUGCCAGGUUUUUUCCUGGCAGGUUUUUGUAUCCACUCACACCCAUCAGCUCCACCUGGCAAUCCAGGAGAGAUGGGAGGAAAAUAAGGUGGGAGCACUUAUGGUGUAUUUGGACAAAAACACAUGGGAAAGAAAGCAACUAAAAUAAAAAAUAUUUUUAUGUUAGUUUGCCACUGAGUGAAAAGUGGGUCCAGGCACUUCAAAUAUAUCAGGUUAGGGAGGAUAAAUAAAUAAAAAUAAGUCUGAUUUUUGCUGAAUUUUGCUUAAAAUAAAAAGUCAUCCAAAUGUUGGGUUAAAUUCAAGAAACAGGACAACUCAUUGCUCCCACCACAAAAUUCCCAGAGAGGAGCCUGCAGGUCUCAGCUGUCCACAGGGAGAGGAUUCAAACCCUCGUGUGCUGGUCCCUCUCCUGUGGCUUGGAGCCACAUUCCCUUUCCCAGAUGUCUGGAGAGAAAAUCUGGUGGAAAUCAAGGCUGGUCCUGCUGAAGUCCAUCCUAAAGAUGCUUUUUUGUGGACCAACAAAUCAAAGCUGCAUCUCCAUC